GGGACGGUGGGUGAGACGAGCCAUGACUUUUUGUAUCUGGUCCCAGCAGCUGCUAAAGUUCCCCAAAGUGGCUCUGAUCAACCCCAUGGCCCCUGUUCUCCCAUCUUCACCAUGUGGAGGACGCCUUCAAACGCUGCUCUACGCCCGUUCGGGCUUCGAGGCUGGGAUCUAGAUGGUCCAUGAAUCCGGUUGCUCUGACUCCUGUGGAGCUGGGAGGAAAGUACCAAUGACUCUCCCCCUUUUCAAUCUGAAGCAGGCGGGCCAAAGGCUUAGGCGUUGCUUGAGCUAACCCACUGUCUUGGAGCCCGGACUGCCAGGCUAUUCCCCAUGGUUUUGUGACCAUGCCGGAAGUCUAAGACCCCACAAACGACGGUCAAACUCCGCGCAUGGCUCCCUCGACAUCGACAAGGGACCUCGCUACAAGUCGUGGGGCUGGGACAUUGUUUGCGGGGAAAUCCCACUUCCAUCCUCCAUCCAUCUGACAUGUCGUGGCACUGCCGAAACCUGCCGAUGACGGGUUCCGCAGUGUAUAAUUGGGAGAAGAUGACUUAUGUCAGUUAUGGACAACACCCUCCGACGAGCAGCUUUCCAAAGGUUCCGUUAAAUAGGUAACGCCCUGUGCGGUUGCUGAAUCACGAGUCCUCCCAGCAGAACCGUGGAAAUGGCUGACACAUCUCCUGUUGUACGUCCUAUCCUCAUAUGGGGUCCCAUCCUUCUUCUUGUGGCGUACUAUCCCGCCCUUUUGAUAUAUCGGCUGUUCUUCUCGCCUAUGAGCAAGAUCCCGGGCCCAUGGAUAACAAGAAUAUCCGACAUCCCCGAGGCAACCGCUUUGAAGGACAAAAGACGUGCCGAAUGGGCAAGUGAACUCUUUGCCCAGUAUCCAGAUUCCGUUGCAGUCAGGACACGUCCAAAUGCAGUUUCAUUCAACCACCCAGAUGCGGUUAAGGCCAUCUAUGGCCAUGGAAAGGGAGCAGAGGAGUUUGGCAAGUCAAGUUGGUACGACGCCUUCUCGACAACGGGAGAAUCCCUGUUCUCAACGCGGUCCAAAAAGAACCACGCACGGAAGCGGCGUAUGGUAUCCCACGGCUUCAGCAUGCAGUCUCUGUAUCUUUUCGAGCCCUAUGUCGAUGCCGUGAUGCAAAUCUUCCUGCAGAAAAUGGACGAGUUUGCCAGAACUCAGCAACCCUUUGACAUUUACUUCUGGUUCGAGCUGUUUACUAUGGACCUGAUGGGCGAACUUUCCUUUGGCCAUAACUUCGGCGCCAUCCAGGGUGGGCAGCCCGUCAAAUAUUCCAAGCUGGUGGAACUUUCGCAGCGCUUUGCCAAUCUGAGCGGCAUGCUACCUUUCGGCAAGUACAAUGUGAAAAUUUUGAGCAUGGUGCCGUCGCCUUACAUUCAGGGCCUGUACAAAGCGCGACUUGAAUACUUGGAGUACGCCAGACAGGCACUGGAGAAACGAUUUCAGGAUAACCGUAACCAGGUGCCACUUGGUGGCAAACCGAGGCAAGACAUCAUGCAGCGCUUCAUCGAGGCACAGGACCCGGAAACAGGGGGGCGGAUGGACUUUCCAGAGCUCAGGGCCGAGGCGUCCUCGCUGAUGGUGGCUGGAGCAAGCACCGGCAGCGUCACCAUGAAUUGGAUGACUUACUAUCUCAGCAAGAAUCCCUCUGUGAAGGACCGCAUCAUUCAACAACUCGAGGAGAUGUUCCCUGACAACCUAGACGCCUCGACGCCUCUCCCGUUCUCGAUGUUGAACAAGUUGAGCCUCCUCGAGGCCACCGAGAUCGAAUGCCUGCGGAUGCACCCACCCAUCGGCUACGCGAUGCCACGAAUGAGUCCGCCCCAGGGCGCCGUCAUCUGUGGCGUUUACGUCCCGGGCAACGUCGACGUCGGCGUGCCCGCCGCCACCAUCGGACGCAACCCGAUCGUCUACCGCGAUCCGAAUACUUGGAACCCGGACCGCUGGCUGGACGAGAAGGCUGACCUGGCGACGAUGAAGACCUGUUUCCUGGGCUUCGGCUUCGGGAGCAGACAAUGCAUCGGGAGAAACGUGGCCAAUCAGUUCAUCAUCAAGAUGAUCGCGACCUUGCUGUUGAGAUAUGACAUUGAGCUUGAAGAUCCGAACUUGGUUCUGGGCACGAAAGAGUUCACGAUCCUCAAGCCGGAUCGGAAUUACAAUGUCAUCCUGCGGCCGAGGAAGCCCUGAGCUCGUUGUAGUUGCAGAGUCAUAUAUAUGAGUCUUGGACUUGGGGUUAUGAUCACCAGUGACAUGAUAGCGGUCAUCACUGACAGGGAACAACGCCGCAAGGGGGAACAGCACGCUUGCUCCUUCCUCCCCGGCUUACAACCCGGAUAUUCAACGACAUUAUAGUGAGCCAUUAGGCCGAUGUAGC